ACAUAAAAAGCAAAUCCAAAGCUGAAAGGUAGCUGAGUCCCCUUAUACAUAGACACUACUUGAGCUACAUUUUAGUAGAGUAAUGUCGAUGCAUUACUUGGUUUCUGUAUCUGUGACCUGCUUGGCUCUGGGAGUGGGAGCUAUCUUGGUCUUGAGAAGGAGGAACGGCGGCCGAACGUGCGAAGGAGCGAGGCUGCCACCGGGGUCGAGGGGCCUGCCGUUCAUUGGAGAGACGCUCCACUACUUGGCAGCGUCCUCAACUCUUGGGCUAUUGCCACCCUUCUUCGAGAAACGGUUGGAGAGGUACGGCCCCAUCUUCCGGACGAGCCUAGUCGGGGAGGACCUCGUCGUGUCGCUGGACGCGGAGCUGAACGCUCAUAUCCUGAAGCAGGAGGAGCGUGGCUUCCAGAUUUGGUACCCACCCUCCUUCAUGCGCGUCUUCGGCGCCGACAACAUCACCUCUAAGAUCGGCGUGCUCCACCGCCACAUGAGGACCCUUGUGCUCCGCCUCUUCGGCCACCAGACCAUCCGCUCCGUGCUGCUGCACGACGUGCAGCGGAGCGCGCGCGACGAGCUCCGCUCAUGGCUCGACCGCCCGGACGUCGAGGUCAGGACGGCCAUCUCCAGGAUGAUAUUUGGCGUCACUGCAAAGAAGCUGAUCAGCCAUGAUGAUGCAGCAUCAGGGGGAAGGUUGUGGGAAUGCUUCCACGACUGGACUUCGGGGCUACUCUCAUUCCCAGUUCCCAUUCCUGGCACAACUUUCUACAGAUGCAUGCAGGGACGCAAGAACGUUAUGAAGGUGCUGAAGCAGCAACUCGGUGAGCGUAGGAACGCAGCGGAGCGCGAGACCGUGGAUUUCUUCGAUCUUGUGAUCGAUGAAUUGAACAAGCCAAACCCUAUGAUGGACAAGAGCACCGCGUUGGACUUGCUGUUCGCGAUGCUCUUUGCAAGCCAUGAGACGACGUCGAUGGUAUUAACCGUCAUACUCAAGUAUUUGACGGACAACCCCAAAGCUUUGCAAGAACUAACAGAGGAGCAUGAAAGAAUCCUGGAAAGAAGGGUUGAUCGGGACUCCGAUAUCACGUGGGAGGAGUACAAGUCUAUGAAAUUCACAUCUCAUGUUAUACAUGAAUCUCUAAGGCUGGCAAACAUUGCUCUAGUCAUGUUCAGGAAAGCAGAUCAGGAUGUGCACACAAAUGGGUACACAAUUCCAAAAGGAUCAAAGAUCAUGAUCUGUCCACUAGCAUCGCACUUGAAUAUGAAGGUUUACGAGGACCCCUCAGUGUUCAAUCCAUGGAGAUGGAAGAAUAUUCCUGAACCAGUCGGUGCCUCUAAGGACUUUAUGGCCUUUGGGGGUGGUUUGCGGCUAUGUGCUGGUGCUGAUUUUUCCAAGAUGCAAAUGGCUAUGUUCCUCCAUUACUUGGUCAGAAAUUACAGGUGGAAAACCGUCAGUGGUGGGACAAUGGUAUUCUAUCCAGGGCUGCAAUUUCCAGAUGGCUUCCACAUCCAACUUCUUCCAAAAAUCUGAAAUGUGGUUCUAGAAACCCUAUCAAGAAAUUAUGCGCAUGGUAUUAACAAUUAUGUUAUGAGUAGUAGUUAUGACUAAAUAAAUACAAAUAAGAACAAUUAUAUUUAUAUUUAUAGGGUGAAGGAGAAAAGGCUUAAAGUUCAAUAAUGAUGUGAUAGAUUAUUCGACCAAACUAUGUUUCAAGAGCACUGGGCAAUAUUGUACUACAAUGAUAGCUAGUGAGAACUACUUGCUUUAUAAACAGAUCGAGGGAGUAUGUGUUUAAUUUUUUGAACUUAUAAACAAUAAUAGAGUAAAUUUCACCCCCUGUGUAACAACUAUGUUCGUGAGUACAAAUUGGUUAAACA